UUUAUUAUUUCUUUUGUGUUUGUGUGUAUGAUGAUUUACACUCAAGAAUUAACCCCCAAAAGGUAUAGUUUUAAUUUACUUAGAGCCAAAGGUACAGUACUAGUUUCCCCGACACACCUCACUCUCUCCUGAAGGGCCAUAGGCUAAUAAUUAGUAGACUAUUUUGCCCUCCUCACAACAACAUAAUUUGCUACAAACUAUGAAGGUUUUGGAGCCAAUUUGGGGGGAUGGAUAUGUAAAUUAAGAUGUUUACCUGUGUGAACCAUGUUACCUUGUGUUUCUGUUUAUGCCAAUAUAAUUGGUGCCCUGCCAAUUAUAUUGUGAUUCAUAGGGAACAUGUUUGACAAUUAGUAAUGGUGAUACUUUUAUUUGUCUUGUAAAGCUGUUGAUGCUGGCUAUGAAGUUGUUUCUUUUAUUUGAUUUUAGUUUCAGUCAUUACUAUAACCAUGAAGUGGCAUUUCACUAGCAAGCCAAAUACUUUCCUCACAUUGAGCAUAUGAAGGCAUUUAAGGCCAUAGGUGGGGAUGUCUCAUGGCACAUACAUGAUGAGAGGUCUCUUCUUGCUCUCCAGGGUCCUUUGGCUGCUCCAACUCUUCAGCACCUGACAGAAGAGGACUUGAGCAAGUUUUACUUUGGGGAGUUCCGAAUUUUGGAUAUUAAUGGUGUGCACUGCUUUCUAACUAGGACAGGGUACACUGGUGAAGAUGGUUUUGAAAUCUCAGUGCCUUCAGAGAAUGCUUUGGAUCUUGCCAAAGCAAUCUUGGAGAAAUCUGAAGGGAAGGUAAGGUUUACUGGUCUGGGUGCUAGAGACAGUCUCCGACUUAAAGCUGUGCUCUGCUUAUAUGGUAACGACAUGGAGCAACAUUUAACUCCUGUAGAGGCAGGACUCACAUGGGCUAUUGGGAAGAGAAGAAGGGCUGAAGGUGGUUUUCUAGGUGCUGAGGUGAUACUUAAGCAACUUGAAUCGGGUCCAACUGUCAGGCGUGUUGCAUUUUUCUCUUCAGGACCGCCUCCUAGAAGCCGGGGAUUCUAG